AUGAAGAAAUUCAAAGAUGAAAUGUCUGGAAAUAAAAACAAAACCGCCAAACCGAAAAGAAAAUUUAUUGACUGGGGAUCAGAAGCUCUCAUCGAAUUUCUUACAUCUAUUGGUAAACAGACAAUCGAUAAAUUAUCACAGUACGAGGUGUCUUCUAUUGUCAGUCGAUACAUCAGUGAUAACAACUUAUGUAGUAUGGAAAAAAAGAAGAAGGUUUUGUGUGAUGCGAGAUUACAAUCUCUAUUUCAAAAGAAAACAUUUAACAAAAACAAAAUAUACGACCUCCUAGAAGUCCAUCUUUCAGAAAAUAUUGAAGUACUCGACGAUGAAUUCUGGUCAUAUUUAUCGGACGAGGAUGAUGAUGGUUUGACAGCGUCAACAAAAAAGAAAAGAACAUUGAGAACAGUUAAGGAAGCUGAAGAAACAGAUGAAGUGCAGGAGGGUCCAAAAAGUUGUUUUGCAUCAAUUGUUGAGGAAAACAUCAAGCUUGUCUUUCUUAUGAAGAGUCUAGUGAAAAAAAUGUUGGAUAACAACGAGUCUGAGGCUUUUGAUGCCAAAGUAAAAGGAUGCUUUGUGAAAAUCAGAUCAGACCCAAUGGAUUACUCGCAGAAAAACCGUUUUCAACUCGUACUAAUAACAAGUGUGAAUCGGAUUAUGCAGGAUGAUAAGAUGAAGGUUAACCUUCAAGCCUCAACUGGGAAAGUAAGCAUUGACUUAGAUGUAGAGAAGUUAUUUGAUGGUAUAUUCAACAAGGAUGAAGUGGAUGACUUGAGGAACAGAGUGGAGGAUGGUUCAAUCCCUAAUCCCACUGUAGUAAGUGCUCUCAUGUUCAUAGAAAGGAGAGAACUACUUAAAUCACCAGAAGAACAGAGAAGAAUGUUAGAGACGGUUCCUCAGGUGGUUGCUGCUCCAUUAGAGAUCGAUCUUAAUGCAUCUCCCACCCUCAAUGUUCAAGCCUGUGAAACCUUAGGUUCAAAGGAAGACAAUGUAUCGACGCCUUUUGUUAAUGGUGAAAUGCCUACGGCUAAUGAACUAGAAGCAGACAAUGUUGAAGAAAAUAAUAAAACAGAAAUAAUCUACAUUGAUGAUGAUGACUCCUGGAUGUGGUGA